CCAAAGUCCUCUUGAACUUUCAGACAUAUUGAUAACCACCGCAUUGAAUGCAAGAGUCCUCGUACAAGAAAGCAACCACGCAAUCGUACAGACCUAAAAAUAGAAACAAAGAAACAGUAACCUCUUUGAAGAUCCUCCUUAGAGACCAAACCCUCUCAAAGAAACGAGUAACCAGACAAGCCCAAAGAAAACAUGGACAAACAUGUCAAAUCUCCCCCGCAUUCACAUCAUGAAAGAAACAAAAGAACAUAACCUCCUCCCCACUACCACCACCACUCCUACCACCAUUAUAGAAAGCAUCCAUAAACCAAUAGACCCCCGCAACAUGGACACCACAAAACCAGUCGAUGCAGCCUUCACCAGAUUCCUCCCCAAAAUCGAGCUCCACGCCCACCUCAGCGGCAGCAUAAGCCGCCAAUGUCUCCACGAGCUAUGGCUCCAAAAGCGCGCCGCAGACCCCACAUUUGACCUCCCAGAUCCCUGGGUCGUCAUGCCCCCGGGCAAGGUAGACUACACACUUGAUACAUUCUUUAACACCUUCGGCACAUUCACCUAUCACCUCCUCACCGAUCUACCCUCAAUAACCUACGCCACAACCUCCGUCCUAUCCGACUUCCACGCCGAUGGCAUCAAAUACCUCGAACUCCGCACGAUCCCCCGCCCCAGCCCCAACUUCACCCAAGAAGCCUACAUAACAACCAUCCUCUCCACAAUAACUGCCUUUACCGAUCGCCACCCCGACCUAACAAUCCGACUCAUCCUCGCCCUCGACCGCGGUGGGCACAACCCCGCCGACGCAGAUACCGUUGUCACCCUAGCCAUUGCCCACAAACCGCUUGUCGUGGGGGUGGACAUCGCCGGAAACCCGAGUAAGGGGGAUAUGGCGAUUUUCGGGCCCGCGCUGGCGAAGGCCAAGGCGGCUGGGUUGGGCGUUACGGUGCAUUUUGCGGAGGUGAGGACACCGCCGAAGGAGGGGGAGCUGGAGACGAUAUUAGCAUUUAGGCCGGAUCGGUUAGGGCAUGUAAUUCAUGUGCCUGAGGAGCUGAGGGGGGAGAUUAUUCGGCGAAAGAUGGGGUUGGAGUUGUGUAUGAGUUGUAAUGUUCAUGCGAGGCUUUUUGAUGGCGGGUUUUUAGAGCAUCAUUUUAGGGAGUGGUGGAGGGUUGAGGAGUGUCCGGUUGUGCUUUGUACGGAUGAUGUGGGCUUCUUUUGUAGUCCUGUGUCAAAUGAGUAUUUCCUUGCGGCGGAGCAUUUCAAUCUCACUCGCGCCGAUGUUGUGGAUAUAGCUCGAAGAGCUGUUAGAGUGAUUUUUGGAGGCGAGGAGGAGAAGAAGCGGCUGUAUAGACUAUUAGAUGAGUUUGAGGCCGGUUAUAGAGAGUGAUAUUACA